AUGACAAAGGUUGUUACUCGACUACUUGACUCACGGCCCGACAGCACCCGAGCACAUGACAUCAUCCAGGAACUGAGCUUCUUCCACCUCACCUCCGCCUCCAAUCCACCUACACAACCCCAAUUACAACCCUCAACCGCCAACAUGUUCCGCUUUAGCAAAACCCUCGACCCAAUCACCCUCUUCCACUCGCCCAAGUUGGCAGCCUCAACAAGAACCCUCAACAUCCUCAAACAAGCCUCUGCAUCAGCUGGUGAAACCGCCACAGAAGACCAAGCCAGCGACCACUCCACCCAUGCCCAGCAGCAGCGCGGCGAGUUCGAGCUCGAGGUGACCACCUCGCCCCCGACAACCGACCAGCUGCGCAGUAUCCUGGACUAUAUCUCCCCUGUCAGCGGAGUCGGCGGUCAAGGCAACAAGACUACGUAUGGAGUUGCCGAGUUGGUGAAGGGGGCUCGGGAUGCGGAGGACGCGCUCAAGAAGUUCAAGGAGGACAAUGAGACGUUUACCCGGCCUGUGACUGUCGACUGGGUCAAUGGCCGUGCUGUCAUUGGGGAUGCCGAGUCCGAGAUUCUGCGUAUGGUGCGCCAGCUUCCCGUCAACUAA